GCCGACGCAGGAUAUCAGGAGGCGGUUGGCUAAGCUCAUGGCUUUGAAGGAGGACCAGAUACUCCAGAUGCUCAGGCCCGCUUUCGGAGAUGUGCGAGCGCCACGACAGUGGAAUCAUACUAUCACGGAGGCCAUGAUCGACGUCGGGUUCGCGCAGCAGUGCUGCUUCCCAUCGUUCAGCCUGGCGGUCAAGGGCGACGGCCCCGUCCUGGCGUGGGAGUCGGACGACGCCCGGCACUGCGUCAUGGGCGGAGUUCCGGGCCUGCGCGUGGACGGAUUUAUCGGCGGGGGCGAGGGCCUGGAGAGCGAGGCCGGCCUCGCUGACAUGCAGGCUUGCGAGGGGGCCUUCCUGGAUCGAGUGCAGCUCCCCAGCAGACGUUUCAAGUUCGGCAAAUGGGAAUUUGCAAAUGGCAACGUGUUCUGCGGAAUAGAGAAUGCGCAGUCCCAGUCCAGGAACGCGAUCGAGGUGAAGGCCGAGCAGUGUAUCCAUAAGGUGAAGCCGAUCAGCGUCGAGAGGGUUCGUCGCGUGCAUCCAGUCGACCCAUGUGCGCCGACAGGGACCAGCCAGCUACAUGGGCUACAUGGAGCCACGCAGUGGCCGGCAUCGCUGUGCAUGGCACAGGCGGCGGCGACGGUUUCGUUAGCGCAGGGCGACGUGAUCAAGGCUACCGUGGGCAGUCUGCUGGAGGCCAGCAAGUCAUUGCGGUUCCUGAAGGCGAGUGGAGACGUCGGCUCACGUAUCAGAUGCGUGGCCAAGUGGGAGUUGCUACGACUUGGAGUAUUGGGAUGCAUUGCGGGUGACGAGGCUCAAGCCGCAACCGACGCAGUGGAUGCUCUGGAGUUCGCAAAAGCGAUGCUGACGACCGUGCUCUUUCCAACGAUGAAGCUGACGGGCAAGCAUAUGCUGGGCGUUCUGGGCCGCAGUCCGCGCAUCGCGGACGCGAAGGCGCUCUGCGGCGCAGCCAACUCGCGAUCGCCAGCAGGCGGCCUGACCGAACGCUGGACUGGCAUCGAGAUCUUGCAGGUGCAUGAGAAUAUGGAGGAGUCUGGUGGAAUUUGGCGAUGGACCAACGCGUUUCAGCAGAUGGCGGACGGCCUGACCAAGCUUCAAGUGCGACAGCAAUCCGUGGAGACGUUGAGAAGGAUGACCCGCGCGCUCAA